UUUAACGGAACCAAAGUGAUGACGUCACCUCCCGUCGUCGGAUGCCGGGGCUGCAUUUGGGGAAUUUCUCGGAAACGUGAUUGGUUCUUUUAAAGUGAAACCGAAAAUAGAGGGGACUUUAUAAAGACCUCGCGCCGUGAAGGAGUCAGACGCGGAGAGAUGUUGGGUCUGAGUGCGCACAUAGUCCGUCAGAGCCUGGCGGCGGCGGUGGCAGUGGGGGUGGCGGCGGGGGUCGACCUCUACGUGCUCACCGCGGUGGCCUCAAACACGUCCGCGGGUCUGUGGGUCGGCGCCGUGAUCAGAUGCGCGUGCCUGCUCACCUUGACCCGGGUCACCGCGGGGCUCAAACCCGUGCUCGUGCGCUUCGCGGUGAUGCACGCUCUGAUCGCCCCGGCGUUGGAGAGCGGCCGCGAGCUGCUAUACGGACCUGGCGAGGCGGUGGACUGGGGGGACGUCGGGACCUGGCUCACCUGCACCGGGGCGGCGGGGGCGGCGGCGCUGUGCUGGGAGCUGUGGGAGCGGACCACCGCGGCCAGUGGGGCCGGGGAGGAGGGGCAGGAGGAGGACAACCGGAAGUCCAGGGAGCUGUUCGUGAGGGUCCUCCGCCUGUACAGACCGGAUGUUGGUCUUCUCCUGGGAGCCUUCUCCUUCCUGCUGCUCUCCGUGCUGUGUGGGAUGUUGAUCCCGAUUUACACCGGCAGGGUGAUUGACAGUCUCCGGACCGGGUACCAGGAGCGGGAGUUCCUGUCGGCCAUCGUCUUCAUCAGCGUGUACUCCCUGGGCAGCUCCCUCGGGGCGGGCUGUAGGGGGGGUCUCUUCAUGUGUGUGAUCGGGAGUUUCACACGGAGAGUGAAGCUGGCUCUGUUUGGGGCGCUGGCCAAUCAGGACAUUGGAUUCUUCGAGAGCGUUAAAACAGGGGAGCUGACCACCCGUCUGUCGGAGGACACCACCCGGAUGGGCCGCACGGUGGCGCUUAACAUCAACGUGCUGCUGAGGACGCUGAUCCUCACGCUGGGCACGGUGGGGCUCAUGGUCAGCCUCUCCUGGAGCCUCACCCUGCUGGUGCUGCUGGAGACGCCCGUCACCGGCCUCAUCGAGCGGCUCUACCACUCCUACCACCAGAGGCUGACGGAGGAGGUGCGCGACUCGGUUGCCCGGGCCAACGCGGCGGCCAAUGAGGCGGUGUCGGGGGUGUGGCUUGUGAGGAGCUUCCACGCAGAGGCCGGGGAGGCCCGUCGCUAUGACGACCGGCUGAUGGACACACACCGGCUGAAGACCCUCAGAGACCGCGUCCGGGCGGCCUACCUGCUGGCCCGCAGGCUCUCGGGACUCUCCAUGCAGCUAGCCCUGCUGGUCUACGGCAGAGCGGUGAUCCAGAGAGGUCACAUGACCAUUGGGACCCUGCUCACCUUCCUCCUCUACCAGGAGGACCUGGGGAACAACAUCAGGACCCUGAUUUCCAUCUUCGGGGACAUGUUGUCCUCGGUGGGGGCGUCCAAGAAGGUGUUUGAGUACCUGGACCGGACGCCCCAGUGCACUAUGGGUACUCUGGCCCCGGAGCAGCUGAGGGGUCACGUGACUUUCAGCGACCUACGCUUCGCCUACCCCUCCCAGCCUGACAGCCCCGUCCUGCAGGGCUUCAAUCUGGUCCUGAAGCCCGGGACGCUGACCGCCCUGGUGGGGGUCUCCGGGGGGGGGAAGACCACCUGCGCCAGCUUGCUGCAGACCCUCUACCGGCCACAGCACGGAGCCAUCCUCCUGGACGGCCAUCCCAUCUGCUCCUACCAGCACCACUACCUCCACCGGAAGGUGUCUGUGGUCACCCAGGAGCCAGUGAUUUUCUCCAGGUCCAUCAGAGACAACAUUGCGUACGGUCUUCCUGACUGUUCCCUGGACGACGUCCAGCAAGCGGCCAAAAAGGCCAACGCCCACAACUUCAUCAGCCAAUUGGAGAAAGGCUACGACACAGAGGUGGGCGAGAGAGGAGGACUGUCCAAGAGCGAGAAGCAGAGGGUUGCCAUAGCGAGGGCCCUGGUCCGAAGGCCGCAGGUGCUGAUCCUGGACGAGUUCACCAGCUCCCUGGACGCCGACAGCGAGGUCAAGGUCCUCCAGGCUCUGAGUUCUGGCUCCGCCCCCACCCGGCUGGUCAUCGCCCAUAGGCUGAAGACGGUGGAGGAGGCCGACCACAUCGCUGUGAUUGGCCAGGGCCGGGUGCUGGAGCAGGGCAGCCACCGGGAGCUGAUGGAGGCCAGGGGGUCGUACUACCAACUCUGGGAAAAACUCUUCUAGGGGACGGGGGGGGGGCUCGUUGCCACGGUGACUGGCCCCGGGGCGGCACCAUGCGUUCCGCCGGGAGGUGACAUCACUAGCAGCGGAGGAGACAUUUGAAGCCGGGGGCCCCGCCCCCCCCGGUGGUCUGCCACUGGGGCUCACCCCUAACCCCUACAUCCUGACCUCUGGUGACCUCUGGGUGACCUCUGAAGUACGUCUGCUUCAUGUUUCAGUUAUACAGAGCGUUACUGUACGCUCACACCAAAAGCUGUAAAAGAUGCAAAAUCGCAGAAUAGCUCGAAACGCAACGCUGUCCAAAGUAUUUAUAGCGCUCUCAUCACUCAUCGCGUGAACUAUUUGAACCUUUUAUCUUGCUCCUCAAUACAUUCCGAUUAGUUGUCGGGUUAUUUACAGAUAAAUCGCUGAUGGCUGUUUGCAUAAAGUUGAGCUGUUUCCAACUCUCAUUUACAGCUUUACAGCUUUACCGCUAUCGCUCAAGCGCUUUAUCGCUCACGUCUAAUUAAAAGUCAACGGGUGUUUAUCACUCUGAGCGCUACGUAGCUUUUGGUGUGAACUGAUAGUUAGAACGGAGGAGUGUUGCAUCAUGGGUGUUUGGGGGGUGUUGACCUCUGAUGUGAAUAAAGGUCGUCUAAAGCGUG